AUGCACCAGAAAUGGCGACGUUACUGGCUAGGCAUUCUACUGCUUGUGGUUGUAAUUCUCAUACAGCUCUACAGUGUGCUAUUCACGGUUACCGUACAUGGACGUUUUGUGGCGAUUGAGAGCAAUGGAGGCCGACUGGGUAAUCAGUUAUUCCAUAUAUGUUCUGGCCAUGCGAUAGCCCGCAAACUUGGGCGGCGUCAAUACAUUCGGACACUGGUCAGCCAAAAUUUCUACAUAGGUAAUCACUUAGCAAAGAUCGAACAAAUAUUCCCACGUUUUGUGGAGACAUUCACAGUUAUGAAUGUAUGGAAUGAACAUAGGAUCCCAUUCGCUCAAAGGAAUGGACAGAUGAGCUGCUGUGAGUAUGAGGAUCCGUCCAGGUUUGAGAUCACACUUAUUAGUCAGUUUUCUGUUGUCUAG